GGUAACAGAAGACUUCUUCCAAAUGGGGCGCACUUCGAAAGGCAGUCGCGAUCAGGCAAGGUGUGGCGAGGUUCCCGCGAGUUUUGUUUCGUCAUUUUCUAUCAUGGACUUUCUUGUUUAAACUUAAUAUUCCAGGACUCAAAACUUUCAAGUGUGGUGGUGCUUUCGGAUUUUAUUUCUUCUGUGUGACUGAACUUGAAAUUUUGUGGUUUAAAAAGAGGGGAAAAAAGUCCUCGUUUUAAAGAACUCGAGGUUAUUGUUUAGAGAAACUGUAAUUUUCUUCGAGAAACGUGAAACUUGAUAUUGACAUUCUUAUUUAGAUGGAAAAAUGUAGUUUGAUGACUCUAAAAUUUUGUUGUCUCUUUAAAAUUUCGCGUGUCUUUAAAUUUUAGUAUUUUUUAAAUUUCGCUCUAAAUUAAUCAGAUUUAAAUUCAUCUUUCUAGUUUAACUCCGAAAAAAGUGAGAGACGUUUUGAAAAUUGAACUUGGCGAGAUUGACUUUUUCAAUUUCGCACAAAGUGGAUUGAACUUUAUAAAAGGAACUUGGCAGGUGAUCUUGGAAUUAUUGGAGUGAAAUACGUAUUUUGGUUUCGACGAUUUUAUUUUGUUUUUGUUGUAUUAGUCUAGUGAAUGAAGAUUAAUAAUUGUUUAAAAAAAAUUAUUCCUGGAGGAGGAGUGAAUAUAUUUUUAAUUGAGAAAAUUGAUAACGAUAUUUCGAAUGCAGUUGCAAUUGCAACUGGAAGACGUGCAGCAAACCGAGCAUUCUGUGAGUGAUGGCGCUACGUCUGAGAGGAAGUAAAGAUGUCAAGAAAAGCUCGUAUUACGUAUGGUAUUUGGGGGCGAGGGAAGCAAAAGGAGUUGAUGCCAUGCCAAGUGCCAUAGAUUAUCUCUUGGAACGCGAACGACUUCAAGAACCUUUCAAGGUUACUUUGCAGGUGAGCAGUAAAGGUCUGAAGAUAAUUCAGACUGUACAUCAUCCGGCAGCAUCCUCGAGAUCGGCUCUGAAACAUUUGGUGCCAGGCCAUGCAGUUUUGGCCACAGUUCAACGUGAAGAUGUUGUGGCCGCAACUCUUCUUCUACCCAAUCCAGCGUCCAAUAAUCCAGUUCACGUUCAUGCUUACAGAUGUGAUUCAGUGGAAACUGCAGAAUUGCUAGGAGGGCAAUUGAAGGCUCUGGCUUCACACUCAGAUAAUUUAGCGAGGAUUGCAUCAACUGAAAGUAGAAUUCGCAGUAAUCUAGGUAGCGAUGGAAGGAGCACAAGGGAAUCUGAGUCUUCGGAAGGCAGUGGCGAACUUCGAAAUAUUCCAGUUCAAGCAACAUCUAUUUACGAAUCGCUCGCGGCCGAAUUAAGAGCAAAAUUAGGGAGAGGAAAUUCGGCUGACAAUACUGGUCCCAUUCUUUUGCCACCUCGCGAUUACGACACAGUUCACAGACAGCGUGGUAAUCUUCUAGGAAUUGAGUUCAGGCGAUGUCUAAACCAAAACAUCGUAGGAGGUAACACUGUCAUUGAAAGAGGUGGGACGAGAAGUGCCGCGAGCAGUGGAAUUGGCUCUGAUAGCGCAGCGACACCUCCACCUUAUCAAUCUCAUCAUCCUCUAGGACCAAGGCCAUCAAGACCGUCCAGGGAUUCAUCUUCCGAUGACGAUUGGGGUGGUCCAGCGGAUGAUCAAGAUUAUAUUCCAGAACGUGAAACCUCAAAUCUCACUCUACCGCGAAUAACUCGAAGUCCAGAAAGAGUUUCGAUCCCGAGAGGCGUUUCUCCGGCUUCCCACAGGAAUCGUAAACCGCCAGAACACAGGCAAAGAUCUCCCAGUCCACAAUAUCAACAUCGAAUCAAUCCCGGAGAAAUAACGAGUCCAAGGGAGAGAUUCCAGGAUGCCAAGGAAAUGUUCAGGGCAAUGGAACAGAGAGAAGCCGUUCAAAGACCUGUUGUUUCCAGACAGCGCGAACCUGAAAUCCAUAUGCACAGGUUGGACAUGACGAGGCAAGCCCACGGGGACAGAAUGAGCAGGCAAUUUGUUCCUACUUCCGCACCAAUUCACGAACAUUUGAUCAGGCGAAGUCAUCCCGAACUAUUAGCCCGUGAGAAUGAUGUCUCGUGCAAAGCCAAACCGAGACCUAGAACCCUUCAUUAUCCAUUGGCACGUCUACCGGAACCGGAAGUCACAAGAACUCGGCCACGAAGUUCCUACGAGAGUCCCCCUGCCGUGAGGGAACUCAAAGGUCCAAGGAACGUCAUCAACACGAGAGAUAUUAGAGACUUCAGAGAUCGUCAAAUUUCUCGAGAUUUUCGGGAUAAAUUGAGAGUGAGACCAAUGGGGUAUCAGGAAUUGUCUGAGCAUGAAAGAUUUCCAGGAUUAGAUCGAGAGAGCGCGAGACCAGCUUUAGAGAUAAUCCCUUCGGCAGGAAGAUAUCGUCAUAGUUAUGCAGAACCACCGAGACUGGGUCUAGCAGCUCUUCAUCCUUACUAAUAAACAAUUUUCUUUUUAAUUAACAAACGAUGUAUUUAAUUAUAAAAUUAUAUAACCCAAUAUUCUCAACGAAAAAAACAAAUGGCAGUAACGCUGGAAAUGCAAUAAUCGUUGACAUUAAUGAGAAUUUUUAAAAUUCUUCAAAUAACAGAAUUUAUACUUGAAAUGCAAUAGUAAAGAAUUUUAUAUAUUUUUCGAAUUAAACAACAGAAUGUUGCAUAUUUUUCGAACAAAAAGAAUAUUGUAUAUUUGUCGAAUAGAAAAAACAAUUGUUUUUUAACUAUAGUAACAGAAUUCUGUGAGAAAAAUUAAAAAUUUACAGAAUUUUACAAUUUACAUUCUUUAGAAUCGAAUUUGAUUUUGUUAAAACAAUUAAUUUGAAAAGCUGAGGGAUUAAUAGGGAUUAAUUGACGAAACGAUAUUUUAUUCAACGAAAAUGUAUAAUUUAGUGUUUAGAAUUGCUAAAGGAAGACUAUUUCAUAUCGUCUAUUAUUUUUAUAAUGCGGAAAUUGUUGAUAUUUAGGAUAAAUUGUAAUUGUAAAAAAUCGAAGUUAUAUUUGCUCAAAAAAAACCCGACGUCUUCACUGAGGAGAUUUUAAUGAACUUUUUUUCUAAAAAUAUUUUACAAUCAGUAGAAAAAUGUUUUUCAUUUUUCCGAUUGUCAGGUAUUUUUUAAAAUUUAUCAUUAAGAUUUUCCUUCAGCGUAAAAACUGUUAAAGUCUCGGAAUAUAUUUUUUUUAACUGCGAGGAGGACAUUAUUGAACUUGUGAUUGUUAGAUCGAAAAUUUUCGAAACAAUCAUUAAGAUAAUAAAUCACAAAUCACAAAGAUGAUUUUUAAAUUAAUCAGGUCUUCCAGAAAAGAAAAAUACUUAAUGUGAGUAAAAUCGUGAGACAUUUUAUGUAUUUUUUUUUCAAUUAAUGUAAAGCGAAAAUCUUAUAUAAAAUCUACGUGUUAAUUACUAUAAAUUUUAUUCUAGAUUUAGAAUCAUUGAUUUAUAGUCGCAGGUAGUCGAAUUUGCUCACAGGCAACGCUCAAUAAAAAAAAUCGUAAUAUACAUAAUAAGUGAUACUGAGAUAAAGAAGAAAUAGAAACUGAGCAAGCACCUCUUUUGCAGAAACAUGAAAUUAUUUAUUGCGAAAUUGCACUUGUCGAAUAUUAUUAUAGAAGAACUUGCAAUGAAAACUGAGUGUCAGUAACAUGUCAUUUAAACGCAAUCAACGCACAAAGAUGAAAGAAUGAAAAGAAACUCCAAACGAAUAUGAAAAAAAUGUAUUUGGUAGAAAAUUAUGAAUUUCAUUUUUAUUCGUAACUUGCAAUUGAGAUGAGGAAUUUUUCCCCGGGGUUUGAAGUUUCAGAGGUGAAAUGACACCUUGUUGUCAGGGUUAUUAGUUUCUGAUGUAUUACUGUAUAUGAAAAGAGACUAACGACAAUAAUAACAAUAAAUAACAUUAAUAUUUGCAGCUUCUUAAA